CAUAGUUUAAUUGAUGUAGUAUAUACUUUAGAAUUUUAUCUAGUACAUUUAUUAAUCACCAUAAAACAAAUGUUUUUUAUAAGUAAAUUAUUUGAUUGUGUUUGUGUGAUGUACAUACAUGGCAGAAUACAUACAAUUUAAAUGUGUUCAGUUUAUAUGGUUCAAACCAUAUUGUUUGCUCUGAUUUCAUAGAUUUCAUGUAAUAACAACUGUGUCCGUUAACGGACACUGUUUGUAUUUUAUUGUGUUAUAAAUGUAGGUACACAGUCAAUGCAGUUGUUAUAAUAUGUAUUGAGUAUUACAUUUACACUUGUGGCAAUGCUAUUUUCAUAGGGUUUACUAUACACUAUUAAAGCGAGAAAUAAAAUCUUCAGGGUUUGUACUGAAUGCAAAUACUCAUAAUUAAAAACCGAAGCCAAAAAACAACACUGGCCCAAAGCAAGCGUGUUUUUUCUUCUUCUAAGAAUCCUGACAAGUUUAUUUUAUGCACAUUAUUAUUACAUUAUUAUUUAUACAUCACACGCGUCUUUCCCGCUACACGGCAUUGAGUGUUUUAACGUCAUAUUCGAUUUCAUUUGGUUAAUGCCAUUACGGCGACUACAUUAUAUAGCAGUGUGUAUGCAUCGCGACGAGUGUAUAUCAUUUUUCUAACAACCUGUUAUUUCACGUUAACUGAGUCGGAUCCUUAAUUUUUUUAUAUUGCGACGCAAAUAGUGUCCUAAUCUGUGCCCGGCUCAUGCGUGCUCGUGUUUCAUCAUUCCGUUACCUACUAUAUUUAUUAUAACACUAUAAAUUAUAUUAUUGUGUUGCACUAUAUUGCCAGACGAUUAUGCGGACUAUGUAUAUGAAAUGCGUUGUACCUACAUAAUAUAAGUGCCUCCGUUGCCGUUGUACUGUAUAAUGCUGCUUAUGUGUAUGCUAGAAUUCCCGUUACGUGCUAGUCGUGCGAACGUGUUCCAAGAGCGCGUUCGUGUUCUUCGCGGCCGUGACGAUUUUUUUCAUUGUUUGCUUAUCGAAGUAAUAAUAAAAUAAUAAUAAUAAAAAACCAAGCGACAAAAGAUCCCUUUUAUUCCGUUUAUUUUUUCCGUUAAAAAUGAAAUAGUGAUGGGCUUGCGUCAAAAACGUUCAGCGUCGCGUAAUGGAAAAUUUAUAUAUACGCCAUAUGAUGGCAUACCUACAUCGCUGUGACGUGUACCUUGUAUAUUGCAUGUACACGUAUGCAGGUACUCGUAUUCGUGUAUACAUAUAUGGGAUUCAUGGAUGACGGAUUGGUGGUUUGUUUAUUUAUUUCCCUUUGAUCUGUCGUCAGGUUGUACCGCAUAACACUACACGAAAGGGAUGUAUAUGUUUUUAGACUAGAUCCGGUUUCAGUUCUCGUGGACACUUAAUUAUAUUUGUCGUAUAAUAUACACAACAUAUUUCAUCUUGCCUAUGUGUUUACAGGGAAACCAGCGGGUUGUAGUAUUAUGUGGGUAUCACUUCAGUUAUGCGUUAGGAAUUCGGGGGGGGGGAUAAAUUCCCCUGUAAAACGGAUUGUCGAAUAAUCGCUCAAUUUUGAAACAGUAUUAUUUAAUGUGUGCAUAACAAAAUUAUUAAACACUAAAUUAUUGGCCUAGAAAAAAAUGACUGUCUUAGUCGUCUUAUAAUCCUAGCAAUUAAGUAGUUUUUUGUCGUUAUUAUCAUAAUACCUACGCCUUUAUUUAUAAUAAUGUUUUUGUAUUUUCAAUUUUGUAUGUUUGCUAUAUUUGCUAUAUUUGGUUCAAAAUUGUAUUUAAUACAGCUAGUUAGCUUGUGUAUAAUGACUAAUAAUAAGCUUUAUGAUUCAGAACUCCUAAUCUGAUACUGAUUGUCUGCAUAUUACCAUUACAUAUAUAUAUAUGUGUCUUUUAAUCAGUGAAUAUUUUAUCUGCGUACCCAUUGUUUUCCAGUGCAUGCGUAAACGUCAUGUCAUUGUGACUAUAGGGUUUUAAAAGUAGACGAAUAUUCGCUUUGAUAAAUAGCAAAUUGAAAAAUACAGUGAUGUAAAAAGAUUCGUAAAACAAACUGCGAGUAUAUUAUGAUAAACGUUUUCCAUGUACGCAUGAAUCCUGUUUUUUGUUAACUGAGAGUUACAAUAACGAUACACAAUAUUUUUUUGAUGUCCGUACUAUCUAUCCCUCUGCGGUUAUCCCGUAGUUUCGUAACCCUUGAAACAACAUUACACAUUACCAAAACAAAAAAAAAAACUAAAAAAAUUUAAAUUAUUACUACCGGUCAUUAAUUUUUGUUUUAAAACUAUCACGGAAAACCACGCAGUGUUGGAUCGUCGUCAUCAUCCACGUGACUUGACCCCGCUAUAAUUCACUGACAUUCAUGUACUUUGCGUGCGUGUGUGUGACGCACGCCCUCCGCUGCAAUGUUGUUUACUGCCUUCCCGGUUCAGCUUUUUCCACCGUCCGUCGACGCGUUGCAUCGCUAUAAAUUUCGUUUGCUGGACCUCGCGAUGCGACGAUUUGUCUCCCCCGUUGAAAACUCAACUGCGGAUUUUGCCGCCUGCACUGUGAAAACGACGAUCACGGUACUCCGAGACCGUCGGUGUCUGCUGUGCUGGCCUCUGACUUACUUCUAUACGCAACCGAUCUAUUUUGAGUGGAUAUUAUAUAAUAUUAUGUAUAUACGUAUUGAAAAACAUCACGCUGUUCGUGACCGACGACUUUGUAGUGGUAGUAGUAGUAGCUCUGGGUGCGUGGGUCGGUGGGUGGAAGGCUGCGACGAGAAAAAACGUUUAAAAAGCAUUGGCAAUUCGUGCGCGCGGCGGCGCCGACACACAACAAUCGGCCGUGCACAAUAUUCACGUCAAACGCCGCCACCGGUCGUCUAUAUUUACGUUGCCAUAAGCCUUACGUGAUAGAAUAUUUAAAGACAUUUACGCCGGAUAUGUGUACCUAUGUUUGUUGUGGGCACAUUGCGUUUAAUGUUGGAAUAUUUUUCAGAUUUUAUUUUGCUCGGGUAGGUAAAUUGUUAUCGCUGAACGCGUAAAAUCUGUCUCGAUUUAUUUUUGCCCCGAAAUCUCCGUCAACCCCAUUGCACGCUCUAGAGGGAAUGCACCUCCGUUGCUUGCGACGUGCGAACGUAUAUCGAUGUCCGUUUGUUAUUGUUCAAUUGUGUAUCUGCUUUGUUCUUUUAUUCGGAAGUGUGUCUGUGAUGUGAUUAUAAUGUCGUUGGUAGUGGUUAAGGGGGAGAGGGUGGGGAGGGAUGAGUUGGAGGUGAAAUACAUUUUACGUUGUUCCGGGACAUAACACUCAGAGUGCUUUUCGCACGGAUGACUGGUAAACGAUAUUUGCUUCGAACCGUUGACCUCAAGUACUUCGUAUAAAAAAAUAAAUAAAUAUAAAGGAAAACCUAUUAAUUAAUAUCUCAUUUCGUCAUGUGAGUUCGUUCACUAGAUGCAAUAAUAUAGACAGUUUUCUGUGUUAAAUUAAUCUAAAGAAACUAAAAAUAAUAAUCGAUCACGGUAUUUAAACAUUAUCGUCAUACCAUAUUAUAGUCUUUGUGGAUUCCGGGUAGAAGAAGUGAGGCUGUGUGUAACGACGAGCGCGUGUAUUUAACAUUAUAACAUUAUAUUCGUAUGAAUCUAGUUAAACUCGUCUGGCGUUCACAACAAAUAAAGUACAAUAAAAAAGUGCCAUGGACAAAGUGUUAACUAUGCAGACAUUGGGUAUUACGUGGGUGGACAUUUUGGUAGUAUCUAUAGUCUAUUCAUAUACCGGAUAUAAUAUUAAAUUAUUUUCAUUUUUCAAUUUAUUUGGCGAAGAAAAGUAUUUUUUCUCCUUCGCAAAAUAUAGUUAGCACGUUGUUAAUAAGAUUUUAUUUCAUUCGGUGUAAACAAUGUAACUCGACGUACGAUAAUUGUUAUUUUAUUCAUUAAAACUUCGUCAUCUCCUGUUUCGUAUUAUAAUUUUCAUGAGGUUUGCUGGUUGUUGUUUCACUUACUUGUAUAAGACGUCCGAGGAUUAAAAAUAAAUACGUUUGUAUAGUGUAUGCACGGGAAGUAGGUAUUCAAAAUUAUUUAAGUACUUAGAAAUUUAAAUUAUUUAUAUUCUAAAACUAUAAAUGCCGGAACAGUUAUAUAUAUUAAUUAUUAAUUAUCAUGUAAGGAUCUGAAAACUUGAUAUUAUUUUGUACUUACUAAAAACUGAUGUUUUUACAAUCUCUGUUGGUUUUUCAGAGAACUAAAUAUCCUUUAUGACGUUAAGUAGUAAAUAUUCCAUUGGAAGUCGACUAUUUCUUUGACUGCAAUGGUCAUGGGAUGCUCAAACAAGUUGUAAUACAAUUUUUCUCGUGAUAAAACUUAAUUAUUGUCAUCGUGCAAUUUAUAAAAUUAAUUUGUUGCAUACGGAAUUAGAUAAUUUUUUAUGGUUAUACCAAAAAUCCCCCUAACGUAUUUUUAAACUAAAUACGUGCAUUAAGUGACCUUAGUGUAUUCUCAGAAAUUAUAAUACUGUUGGAUAAAGCAAAUUAAAAAAAUGUUCAUUGGUUACAUGAAUCUAACCUAAUUACAAGAGUUAAAUGAUUAAAUCUGCCAAUAACUUUUGUGUGAAGCGGCGAGCGGGUAAAAUCUCAAAUUUUUAUGGCUGCUGUUUAAUGGGGUUUUUCUUUACGCUCACCCCUCUUAAAGUCUGCUUAUUAAGACCAGCUCUGGGUGUUUCUUUUGUGUAUUCAAGUCGUUUUUACGAUGGCUUUUAAAAAUGUAUAUUAUACUGUGGUAUCCCAGAUUUAAUUUGAUUACUAGAAGGUAAAAACUUGCAGCUUGGAGAAGGGUAAUGAACCUCUGGGAUAUAUAUUAUAUCUAUUCAGUAUGAAAAAUAAAAAGUUACAAUAUAAUAAUUGUAUGUAUCCAAGCUGAGAAAUAAAUCUUCGUUGAAACUGCACGUCAUAGAAAUACCUUAAAUGCAAUUAAAUAUUGUAGUCAUUUAUUUAGAAAUUGUUACACUGGUAUAAUAUUCCUAAGAAGACUUGACAUAACGAAUCAUUUUAAAGAUUGUACUUAAUGACGAUUUGAGAUAGGUAUAGCGUUACAGUAUUUCCAGUUUGGUAUAAUUAAAAUAAUUUGUUCUAAUUGCUGCCGUCCUUACGUUACCUCAUCGUAUUGAGAUUUAUCUUGUGGUAGAUUGACGAUAAAGUAGUGUUAUAAAUAUUUUUAAGAUAUGAUAGUCUGCUGAAGUUGUUAUUAACUAUAUAUAACUAUCGUGGUUUUUAAUUAUUUUAUUCAUUGAGAAAUAAAGUAAAUGUGUUAUAUGGUUUUUUUAUUAUUAUAUCGUUAUACAUUUUGCGCUCUAAAGUAACUGUUAAUUGCGAAUAAAAACCCUUCACUGUCAUCGGUGAUGAACAGCAGUAGUCAGUGGCGUGUUGUUAUUUUUCACACAUUUGCAUAUUCACAUAGCAUGAAAUGCGUUCUACACGCCGCGUACAAUACAGUGUAAUAUUUUAAUUCCGCUGUCAUGUCUAAACGUACUACUCGUCAUAGUCACAGCGUGCCAGCGAGUAGGACAAAUUAAGUAAUUAUUAAUAAUAUAAAACGUAAUGCGUAUUUUUUUCGGACGGCCAAUUGUUUUCACUUCGGAAUUUCGGGGUCUAAAUCCAAACUACUGUACAAACCGAGUGGCGAGUGCGUACUAUACACUGUAUAUUUUAUACACUCUUAACGUACUAGACGUAAGCCUAGACGAGCGUUAGGUUUUCUUUUACCAUACCAUACGACAGUAUUUUAUAUUGUACGGUAUAUUAUUACUAUUUUUACUAUUAUCAUCAUCAUUAUUAUAUAAUAUACAUAGAAGACUUCCGGACUUCUGUCGGACGUGCGUAUAAUAUUGUGUAGUUUCGCGAAAAUGGUGGGAAUUUUCUUGCCCGAUCGCCUGACGACUGCGACGAGAAUCCGUAUGGCCGGUUGCGAUUGGACGUUGGCCCGGCCGAGGCGGUGUGCGCAUGCGCCGCCGCACUCGUCGCGGGCGAUGUGCGGGGCACGCUUCUUCCCACCUAGCGCGAACGUUGUUGCCGCCGCCUGCCGCCUAUAUGCCUGACGACGACGCGCGCGCGGCAAAACGCACACGCGGCCGCCGCCGCCUUCAUCCGCGCUCACGCACACGCAUCAGUGUUUGUGCGACUGUCUUUAUGGGCGGACUCCGUCGUUGACCGUGUUCGAACCGUAUUCGUCGUCCCGAUAUUCAUCCUCGCGGUUGUCGUGUUUUUGAAGAUUAUAGGUAUCUUAUGAUAUUUGUAAAAACAUUUUUUCUCUUUCGUAAAAAAAAUUUGUGACGUUUGUGGGUGAUAUCACAUAUUGUAAUAUAAAUAGGUACUAACUUUAAACAUACGCUCGUUAUAUCACCAUGGUCGAAAUCCGGCGGUGCGUUUAGCGGCGCUUGACUAACUGUCGACCGCCGAGACUCCAACGCCGUCGACGUCAUGGUGGUACUGGAAAACCCGAUGCCAGAUCCUCUGGCCACUGGCGUCGGUCUGGUGCAAGAUGCUGCGGCAACCACCCCGUUAACCGUGGACACGACCGGAGCCGUGGCGCCGCAACACCACCAGUCGUCCGUCGGUGGUUGCCUGUCUGCCACGUAUCCGAUACCUACGACCGCGGCGGCCGUGGCCGGCCAAAGGCACCAUUUGAAAAUGGUGCCUAAACGGUUCAUCAACAUGCACCAAUGGUUCAACCCGAUCGGUGUCAAGCAGAUCAAAGAGGCCAUGGUGAGUGAUGUUCUUUAUAUAAAUCAAAGUUUACAAAGUACUGUUGUUGUAAGUAAUUUUUAAAUUUAUCAUAAAAAACCGAAGGAAUACCUUAAAGAA